AAGAAGAAGAAGAAGAAGAAGAAGAAGAAGAAGAAGCAACGAAAUAAAACAGCCCACGUGUGUGUUUUGACAUCUCCUGCAUGGAUAAAGUUAUAUUUUUAUAGACAUAAUCUCGAGAGGGUUAAGUCAGUUUGUAUUAAACCACAUUAAGACGGUAAAACGCUUUGUGUUUGACUGCAUGGAGACCAAAGCGCCUGUUCUGCUGAAUGCAGUCCCUCCUUACGGGCAUGUUAUUACCAGCGAGAAGUGGAGAAACUCUUCCCUCAUUCAAAGCUUAAAGGGUGGAUGUGUGAAAAUCCUCUUUGAGAAUGAGCUCGGUGUGGCAGAUUUCCACCUGCCCAACAAAAGCUGCAUCCUCUACGUGUCUGAGUGUGACAUCAUUGCAGGAAACAGCUACAAGAGGAAACUGGUUCGCUACAGAAAUGCCAACAGUAGUUUCCAGCAGCUGGUGUUGGUGGAGAACACCAGACUCAGCGAGCAGUACUUCUCUGCUGUGCAGAAGUUUGUGGUGUUUGACCUCGGCCUGACUCUGCUGCCGGUCAGCGGGCAGACGGAGGCCUCACAGCUCAUCACUCAGAUGGUUCAGGGGGACGGCAAAGAGAACCCCUUCAGGAGGAGGAGCUCAUGUCGGCUGUUGGACCCGCUGGUCCAGGCCCUGGUGCAGCAUGUCCCUGGGGUCGGCAGAGUCAAAGCUGUGGCCCUGCUGCAGCAAUUCUCCAGCAUCCAGGAGCUCUGCAACGCCGCCCCCGCAGAGCUGGAGCCCAUCGUGGGUCAGGCGGCAGCUCAACAAAUCCACAGCUUCUUCCACAAACCCACAGCUGCUGGGACCUGAAGUCUCCCCUCUGGAUCUUUAUGUACAGAUAGUUUGGCUCCAAUGGAUAAAAACUCUUGUGUAUGUCUUAACCCUUUGAUGCACAACAUAUAAACACCUUCUAAUGCACAACAUGGGUCAAAAAUGACCCAUUUAAUGCUGGCUGUGUUUGUUUGUUUUUUAUCACAACAGAUCAUUAUAUCCAUUUUUCCUUUCAUACUUUAUGAAGAAAAAUAGUUUUUGUAUUAUUACAUCAAGUUUACACACAUGGGUUAAAAAUGACCUUGUGCAUUAGAAGCGUAGUGAUAAAAAAAAGUGAUUCACUAUAUUAACAAUUUGAGUAUAUGUGUAACUAUGUUUGUCUUAUUUUUAAGGUUUAACUUUAAAAAAGGUGUUAGAACUACCAGAUUACAUUGGAAAAUCACAUAUUUUAACAUUUGAGACUUAUAAGAGCCACCAAAUAAUAAUUUCCAUUGGAAAAACAUCAAUUUAACAAAAUAGGAUAGUUAAUAUUUGUGUCUUCUUCAUCUUCUUUGUCAGGUUUUAAAUUGGUGAUUGGUAAAUUGAUGACAACAUAUAAACACCUCCUAAUGCACAACAUGGGUCAAAAAUGACCUUGUGCAAUAGAAGUGCAUUAGUGAUUAAAAAAAAAAGGUUUUUAUUCAAAAAGUAAGAAAUGAAAAAAAAAAACAUUAGGAUGUAUGAUGAUCAAAAACAAGUUAUUUGACGAAAA